AUGCCCUCCUGUGACUACAACCCGGCCGACGAGCUAUACAAAGCACAACAAGAGUACGCCAUAGCCCGCACUGCCUUUGACAAGGGAGUAGCUAAGGCCAAAAUUCGUCAGAUUGAAGAAGCCCUCAAAUCCGCUCGCAUGGGUCCGAUUACAACCACCAAAUCCCAAGCCAUUGUUACCUCCAUCGCCCAGACACAAACCAAACCCACUAACACCUACUCCUUAACGAACACCCACAACCAGGCGAUCAAGUUAACUAGUUCCUGGGGAUCAGCGACAAUUGACUGUGUUUCUUACAUUCAGCUCGACCAGCUCAAUGUCCAAACUUCAUGCAAACUCACCAAUUCUUCCCACUCCACCUUUUACAUCACAGCCUCGCAAAUCCGAGUUACUAGCUGCCAGCACCUAACUCUUUAUGUCUACAGCAAAACCGGCGUUUCAAUUGAAGAUUCUAGCGACAUUACAGUUCUUCCUUACCAACCCGACCCCCAGCCUAGUUGGCCCAAUAAUACCCAAAUAUUCCAUUUCAACCAAAUCACCUUCCUAUAA